AUGGAUUUUACCACAAGAAGACGGUUUUGCCUACCACUGUGGUGCAUGGUGCUGAUCAAUCUGAUUAACGCAGAUUUUGAAUUUCAAAAGGGAGUGCUUGCCAGCAUCAGCCCAGGGAUCACAGAAGACAUUGAUCACCAGUGCUGGAACGCUUGCUCUUUGAUGUUGAUAGAUCUCAAGAAACUCAAGAUAGAGCACAAUGUGGAUGCUUUCUGGAAUUUCAUGUUGUUCUUGCAAAAAUCCCAGCGGCGUAGACAUUAUAAUGUCUUCUUAAGCAUAACUCGGGAUUUCUGGAACAUGUAUGUAGACUGCUUGCUUUCAAGAUCUCAUGGAAUGGGUAGAAGACAGGCGAUGUCUCCCAAGUAUGAUUUUCCACAAAAGAUAACAGGAGGACUGGAUUUUACAAAAACAUGA